AUGUGCAGUAUUCAAGCGCUGCGUUGCGAGAUAAUAAAAUCAGCUCAGAAAAAUGCUUCAUUCUCCACAUCUUGUCCCACUUACCAUCAACUGGGACAAAGAGCUUUAAAGCAAAUUAUGAAAUAUGAUAUCAUCGUCAUGACAUUUCAAUCCCACAUUUACUUCCGAUACAUCACAAACGUACUCGAAAUGUUAAAUAAGUACUUUUGCCAACAACAUCUCAUACACUCUUCACCAUGUGAUGUCCCGGCCCUCACAAUUUUGUAA